AUGUUGCUCAAGAUCCUUCAACACGGGUGGAUGGCCAUUGUCAUUGGACCGCGUGGAGCAGGUAAACGAUCUGUGGUGCACCUCGCUGCAUAUUUGACGCAUCAGCCGAUCGUGGCGGUGGCUCUCUCGCCAUCUGCGGAUACUAUGGAGCUUCUAGGGGCUUUUGAACAGCGUGAGAACGGUGGUAUCUUCACAUGGAUUGACAGUCCUCUCGUAAAAGGUAUCAGGGAAGGUCACUGGGUCAUGCUGGAGAAUGCGCAACUUUGCAGGUUGGGUCUCAUGUUCUCUUGUUUCGCUGUUUUUUCUUGCUAA